AUGAAAUUCGUACUUACUUUUCCACUUCUAUUAGUUACUUUAUUAGACGUUGUAACGUCUUACGACUACUACGGAGGCAAUGACGAUUCUAAAUCACAAUCAUCCCUUUAUGACUAUGGGUCACUUGGCGAUCAAUUGAAAGAUACCGGCGAGAAAAACGGUGAACCUGUUCAAGAUUUUAGUGAUUACAUUUAUGGCAAAAAUGGACUUGGCUAUCGCAUCGUUCUACGAGAAUGUAAUCAUGGAGACGAGACAAAUCAAGGUUGCUCUUGUCACCCAGGAUGGUAUCAUGUUAUUCGUGACGGAAAGCUCAUAUCUUACUGUAACUACAAAAUGCCAGAGAAUGCUGAGAGGAACAAAAAAGAACAACCAACAGCAUCGCAUCCGAAAUACAUAGCAGCAAUGAUCGUAACACUGGUGUUGGCUGUUCUGUCGAUCAUAUUUUUCAUUAUCUCAGCAAAACAAUAUUGGACAAUACAUUCGAGAAUACGAGCUAGCGAGAAGUUGAAUAAAGCACUUAAAGAAGCUGAAGAAAACUUAAGAAAAGAACUUGGCGAUACAGUUGACUUAAAACCAACAAUGUGGACACCGCCAAAAGAGUCAGGAUUUGUUCUGCUCUACGAACAAACAAAUGAUCAUAAUAAGAGCAACAAACAUCGCACUGCUGACAGUUAG